UAACACACCUCCCGCUGUGAUUGGCUGACGUAUUUAUCCCUCUGCUGCUGAAGGUGAAGCUAGUCUGUGUUUGAGUCCUGUCUCACACUCCAAAAUGUCAUCCAAUGCUCUCCUAACCAUGCAUGGCAGAGUCUGCAAACGCCUGGCUCACAAGUACCUGUCAAGAACCUACACAUCUCGCCCUUCACUCAAUGAAGUCGUCAUUGUCAGUGCAGUCCGUACUCCAAUGGGCUCCUUCAAAGGCACCCUGGCUGCAGUUCCAGCAACCAAACUGGGGUCCGUUGCUAUUAAGGGAGCCAUAGAUAAAGCAGGUAUUACUCCUGAAGAUGUGAAGGAAGUCUACAUGGGCAACGUACUUCAGGCAGGAGAAGGACAGGCUCCCACAAGACAGGCCUUGCUUGGAGCAGGCUUGACCCUCGGCACUCCAGCAACAACCAUCAACAAAGUCUGUGCCUCUGGAAUGAAGUCCAUCAUGAUGGCAGCCCAGAGUCUAAUGUGUGGUCACCAGGAUGUAAUGGUGGCAGGAGGCAUGGAGAGCAUGUCCAACGUACCUUAUGUGAUGGCCAGAGAGACCCCAACCUACGGAGGAGUGAGGAUGGAAGAUCUCAUUGUCAAGGAUGGACUCACCGAUGUCUACAACAAAUUCCACAUGGGCAAUUGUGCAGAGAACACAGCCAAGAACUGCAGCAUCACCAGAGAGGAGCAGGACGCCUAUGCCAUCGGCUCAUACAGCCGCAGCAAAGCAGCAUAUGAGUCUGGUGUGCUGGCCAAAGAAAUUGUACCGGUCAACAUUCCCCAGAGAGGCAAACCUGAUGUGGUGGUUUCUGAGGAUGAGGAGUGGAGGCGGGUUGACUUCAGCAAAGUCCCUAAACUGAAGGCAGUGUUCCAGAAAGAGAAUGGCACAGUGACGGCAGCCAAUGCCAGCACACUGAACGAUGGCGCCGCUGCUCUUGUUUUGAUGACUGCAGAUGCUGCAAAGAGACUGAAUGUCACUCCACUAGCCAGAAUUGUCUCGUUUGCUGACGCUGCAGUCGCUCCCAUUGAUUUCCCCAUUGCGCCUGCAUUUGCCGUUCCAAAGGUCCUGGAUGCAGCAGCAAUAAAGAAAGACGAUAUCGCCAUGUGGGAGAUCAAUGAGGCCUUCAGUGUGGUCGUCCUGGCUAACAUCAAAAUGCUGGACAUUGACCCUUCAAAAGUCAAUGUCAACGGGGGAGCUGUGUCACUGGGACACCCCAUUGGGAUGUCUGGAGCGAGAAUUGUGGGUCACAUGGUGCACAACCUGAAGUCUGGUCAGUACGGACUGGCAGGCAUCUGCAAUGGCGGUGGUGGAGCCUCCUCCAUUCUGAUCCAGAAGUUGUAAAAAAGAAAAAAGAAGAAGCCGGGUAGGAACCUUCUCUUUCCUGGAUUCACUCACGUUAAACUGUGUGGUAACUCACCGUUUGUUCCAAAUGGUUAAGACAUCUGUAAGCUCCUUUUUCCUGUGAAGAAAACAUCUGUUACAACUGUAAUGACAGUGGCCUUAAUCAAACAGCAAGUAGGACUUGGCUCACAGGACACCAUGACUCCAGUUACUAAACACUCCUGUUGGAAGAAAUGCCUGUGUGCAAAAAAAGGUUUCAUAUUUAACUCUGAAUUGUAAUGGUUAAAUAAAUAGUUUUUAUGAAAGCA